AUGAGAAACGAAACUACUGACACCAUAAUCGUAUUUCAGAUGAUCAAGGACGCGCAACAGCAGCAUGGCCUGAGACACGCUGACUACCAUCGAUACAGGUCAUAUUGUCGCUCAAAAUUGGACCGCGUUCGUCAUACUCUCAAGGUCACCAACACUCAUAAAUGUGUAAGGCGGCAUAAGGCGAAGUUCAUUAGGAGACCUCUUAGCGAACAAGAUUUCUUAUUCGAAGCUGAGCGCCGCUGGGCGGCAGCAAUGUCAGAUAAAAUGGAAUUGGAAGACAAUCCGGACAAAAUGAGGAAGCGAAUGUCGAUGCGUAUGCACCUGAAACGUGCAGUUUAUCACGCUGUAAUGCUCGAGCAGAUGUUCUACCUGCCUUCAGAAUUUAUAGAAUCCUGUGAUGCUCCUACAAAAUUAGAAGCACAAGCCUAUUCUGCUUGGUUGGCUGGGGUUUGUGCGUUUGAAAUGCGUAGAUGGCUUGAAGCCUGUGAUUUUCUGAAAACUGCUCGUCGGGUCUAUGAACGUCUCGCUGAAGCCACACACAAUACUGUAUUGUCAAACCUCUACAAAGCAAGGUGCCGUGAAAUCCAGCCUCAAAUUCGUCUUUGCGAAUUCAGCUGUGCUGAUUCAACGACGAAGCCGGUGGAUGGCAUGAUGAACGAGCUAAUGAAGAUCCGUGCACAGGGAACAGAUAGUGAAGCUGUUGACCGGCUGAUCGCUGAGAUGCGUUCAAAGGCAUCAUGUGACGAUGUUGUCGUUGUUGAAUGGGGUGGAUUGAAAUCAACGGUGGAGGAUGUAAAAGCUCGACAGGUCGUGCAAGGAUGGCAACAAGUUCAUAACGAGUUAGCACAGUGUCAGACUGCAAAAGAAAGGAUGGCUCUCUAUGAGAAGCAAUUGGCUGAUACACGCGACGCUCUUGAAAGAAUCUCAGAUCUUAUUCGUCGAAAGUCCUCUGAUAAUGCCGAUUCCACUGUUUUGCAAUCGAUUAGAUCGUAUCUAGAGUCCCUUAAACUUCUGGGAACGGCAUCACGUUAUUUGGCUAUCAUAGAAAACACAAAGACCGAGAAAAAAAUAAAGCCGCAAGAUCUUUUGCGUUUGUAUGACUCAGUUAUCGAGGUGUACAAAGAGCUCAUGCAACUUCCUGGAGUGGAGUAUGACAAGCGCCUCACACAAGCAGUUUCCGCGAAGAUUGAAUAUUACCGUGCAUUUAGGUGCCAUUAUAUAGCAGCUGCCUACGAAGCGCUGUCUCGUUUUGACGAGGCUGUUGCAUUGUUCGAACGAGCUUUGAGACGUGCUAAAGAUGCAAUAGAGAUCUUGUCGAAACUAUCGGGUAAUCCAUACAUGGAGGCAAUACAUUUGCUUGAAGCUGAUAUCGAAAACGCACGUAUUGCCACUCGAGCGAAGCGUUUAGCUGCAGCAGCCGGGAUAGUUGAAGAAGUCGACGAAAAGUUGGCACGUGUUAUUGACGACAGGCCUUUAAUGGAGACGUUAGCGGAGUGGCGAGAAUGGAAUGUAGCAGGUUCAUUACGCGAGAAGCGAAAUAUACCGAUAGCGGAAAUGCCUCCACCAUUCAUCUUAAUGCCAAACAAGCCUAUGUUCUUCGACUUGGCCCUUAACCACGUUAAGAUGCCAAAUUUGGAUGACCGGCUUGCGAAAUGCAUGGAAGGUGCGAGAACAACGCCGGUGGCGAAAAAAGGUGUUGAAGUAGCUAAAGGAAUUCAAAAAGCAGAGGAGCAGAGUGGUUUGUCUGGAAUGGUCAAAGGAUGGAUAUGGGGCAAGAAAUAA